AUGGCUCGUCAGGCUUCCACUUUCCCGAAACGUAGACUGGGCCGCAAUGGCCCGGAGGUAAGCGUGAUCGGGCUCGGCGAGAUGGGUACGGGCGCGUACUACGGGAAGACGGACGAGAGCCAGGCUCUCGAGACGCUAACGCACGCCGCAGACCGGGGUGUUACAUUCUGGGACACUUCAUUAACUCACCAAAUGACAACCGGCCACCCGCAGCCGAGGCGACGCUGGUUCGCCUUCACGGGGCGCCGAUCGGAAAUAUCCCUCGCCACCAAGUUCGGGGCGAUGGACCUCUCGCCGAGCGCUGAGAACCCCUUCAAGCCGGAUCCGCAGCCAGAGUACGUACAUGAGAGGCUGGAGAAAGCGCUGGAGACGCUCAGAACGAGCUACAUUGACCUGUGGUACCAGCACCGCGUUGAUCCCGAGGUACCCAUUGAAGAUGCAUAUCAUUCAUGCUCCAAUCAGUGGAAGACCGUGCGGCCGUUCCUGGAGAGCGGAAAGGUGAAGUGGUUCGGGCUGAGUGAUUGCAGGGCGGACGUGCUCCGGCGCGCGAGGGCGGGGCCAGGUGUCGGCGAGAAGCUGGUGGCGGCCCAGAUGGAGUUUAGCCCGUUCGAGCUGGGGGUCGAGAGGAGUGGAUUUUUGGAGGCAGCGAGGGAGUUGGGCGUCGGGAUUGUGGCAUACUCACCUUUGGGGCAGAGACUGAUAUCGGGCAGGUACCAGAACCUCGCACUCGUUGAUAAAUUCAGCGCGGUCGCCGCUAAGUGCGACGCCACACCCAGUCAAAUCGCCCUCGCGUGGAUUAUCUCCACGUACCAGGAUUUCGUGCCUAUCCCAGGCGUCGAGCGACUGGAGGAGAAUGCGCGGGCUGCUGAGAUCACAUUGAGCGCGGAGGAUUCGAAGGAGAUCGGGGUGCUGGCCAGGGAGGCGGACGUGCAGGGGGAUCGGUACCCAGAGCAGUGGGCGAGUUUCAUGACGAAGGAUUGUGUUCCUCUCAGUGCUUGGAGAGGAGACUGCAAGUACUCCGGGUGA